CGACCACUGUCUGCGCGAGCUCUAGGUCCUGCUGACCACUCACGGCCCGCGCGCACAGGCUGUGCCAUGCACGCAGCGGAGCGCGCGCUGCUGCUGGGCGCGGGGAACCUCUCUUACGCGCUCACUCCUGACCUGACCAUGGACAACAGUAGCGGGAGCACCAACGGCUCGGACCCGUUCGCGCGCAACGAAGAGGUGGCCAAGAUCGAGAUCCUGGUGCUGUGCGUCACGUUCGUGGUGGCUGUGGCCGGGAACGUGAGCGUGCUGCUGGCCAUGCGCCACACCAAAAAGAAGAUGUCCCGCAUGCACCUGUUCAUCCGACACCUGAGCCUCGCGGACCUCGUGGUGGCCUUCUUCCAGGUGUUGCCGCAGCUGUGCUGGAAGGUCACGUUCCGCUUCUCGGGUCCAGACGCUCUGUGCCGCAUCGUGAAGCACCUGCAGGUCAUGGGCAUGUUUGCCUCCACUUAUAUGAUGGUCAUGAUGACCAUGGACCGAUACAUCGCCAUCUGCCACCCGCUCAAGACGCUGCAGCAGCCCACACAGCGCGCGUACAUUAUGAUUGUAUCCACGUGGGUGUGCAGUCUGGUGCUCAGCACUCCACAGUACUUUAUUUUCUCUUUGAGUGAGAUUCAAAACGGCUCGGAGGUGUACGACUGCUGGGCAAACUUCAUCGAGCCGUGGGGGGCCAAAGCGUACAUCACGUGGAUAACCGUGGGCAUUUUCCUCGUGCCCGUGGUCAUCCUCAUGAUCUGCUACGGCUUCAUCUGCCACAGCAUCUGGAACAACAUCAAAUACAAGAAGCGCAAGAGCGUGUCUGGGGCCGCGGGUAAGAACGGGCUCAUUGGUAAACACUCUGUGAGCAGCGUCACCACGAUCUCCAGAGCCAAGCUGCGCACGGUCAAGAUGACUUUUGUGAUCGUCCUGGCCUAUAUCAUCUGCUGGGCACCUUUCUUCACCGUGCAAAUGUGGUCCGUUUGGGACAAGAACUUCCAGUGGGACGAUUCUGAAAACACGGCCGUGACCCUGUCUGCACUGCUGGCCAGUCUCAACAGCUGCUGCAACCCCUGGAUCUACAUGAUCUUCAGCGGACACCUCCUCCAGGACUUUUUGCACUGUUUUUCCUGUUGCCAUAGAUUCCGCUCGAACCUUAAGAAAGAGGAUUCGGACAGCAGCCUCCGGAGGACCACUCUUCUCACCAAAAUGACCAACCGUAGCCCCACCGCUAGCUCUGCGAACUGGCGCGAGUUGGACAAUUCCCCCAAAAUGUCCAUUCAAGCAGAUUAAUGGAGCUCAACAGUCACAUGCAUUUCGAAGUCCGCUCU